GAUUAGCUCAGUCAGAUUAAUCGACUCCUCCAGUCCAGUGAAAAUAAACGAUUCAAAAGAACAAUUUGUUCAUGAACUGGACAUCUCUAGUGGGAAGAGCCAGCAGGCAUUGAGUAGGAGACCUUUAAAUCAGGGGAGGAGAGCAGGCCGCCGCAGGAGAUAGGAAGACCCAAUAUCAGCUGCCUCCCUCUUAUCUCCAGUCCCUAGACAGAGGUCAUCGUCCUGACUGACGUUCCUGACAUGGACUUCCAGAAAACCUUAAUGGAUUAUAAAGAAAUUGUUGUACAACAUGUGUUCGACAUUCAAAGAUUUAUCAAUGAUUCCUUCAAGGAACUUGAACCAUCUCAUCUUAUAACACUAACGGUUGCCUCCACACUGCUGACCGUAUGGACGUACAACUUCAUAUUUCAUCGGGAAAGUAUAAAGUCCAGAUGUAAGAAGCAAUUUUUCAGGAUAAUCAGAAGAAUGCCAUUUAUAGGUUCAAAAGACUGUGACUGUGAUGAGGGGACAACCUCUGCGUCUGAAGAAAAGAAGAUCCAGAAUGAACUUGAUAAAGCUUUGGAUUACAUGGCUCAUCGACUGCUAAAUGUGAAAGACGGAAUGAGCUUUGUAAAAACUAUCCCGCACACUGGUCUUAAGCAAGAACAAGUUAUGGAGAAAUUAAAGGAAUACUCUGCUCUAAGUGAGGUGUCAUGGGAGCAAGGAAAAGUGUCUGGUACGGUUUAUAGCGGAGAUGAACGGCUUACCCAACUUCUUGUGAAGGUGUAUGGAGAGUUUGCCUGGAGCAAUCCUUUACAUCCUGAUGUUUUUCCCGGUGUACGUAAAAUGGAAGCAGAAGUAAUAAGAAUGGCGUGUAACCUUUUUAACGGAGGUCCUGAGACAUGUGGAGCAGUGACAUCUGGAGGUACCGAAAGCAUCUUGAUGGCCUGCAAAGCGUAUAGAGACCUGGCAUAUGAAAGAGGAAUCAAGUACCCAGAAAUUGUUGCUCCAGUAAGCGCUCAUGCAGCAUUUGAUAAAGCGGCUCAUUAUUUUGGCAUGAAGAUGGUGCAUAUCCCCCUGGAUAAGAAAACUAUGAGAGUGGAUGUGAAGGCUAUGAAGAGAGCAAUCUCUAAAAACACAGCGAUGCUAGUUUGUUCUGCCCCACAUUUUUCACAUGGUAUUAUUGAUCCUAUAGAAGAAGUAGCUAAGCUGGCCCUAAAAUUCAACAUCCCUUUUCACGUGGAUGCCUGUUUGGCUGGAUUUCUUAUUGUAUUCAUGGAGAAAGCUGGUUUUCCUCUUCUGCCAGUUGACUUUAGGGUCAAAGGAGUGACAAGCAUCUCGGCAGAUACUCAUAAGUAUGGCUACGCACCAAAAGGGUCUUCAGUGAUACUGUAUAGCCACAAGGACUAUAUGCACUAUCAGUUCUUUGUCGCAUCAGACUGGCCAGGUGGACUGUAUGCUUCUCCCUCUAUAGCUGGCUCUCGACCUGGUGGUAUUGUAGCUGCUUGUUGGGCAACAAUGAUGCACAUGGGGGAAGACGGAUAUGUUGAAGCCACCAAGAAUAUAAUUUUGACUGCACGAUUCAUCAUAAAAGAGUUGCAAAAAAUGAAAGAAAUCUUUAUUUUUGGGAAUCCUGAGGUUUCAGUGAUCGCAAUUGGUUCAAAAGUUUUUGAUAUCUACCGCCUGUCUACCUCUUUGACAGCAAAAGGCUGGAAUCUGAAUACACUUCAAUUUCCAUCAGGUAUUCAUAUAUGUCUCACAUUGCUGCACACAAAACCUGGAGUAGCGCAACUUUUUGUGAAGGAUGUCCGAGAUUCAUUGUCUGUGAUCAUGGAAGAUCCUGGAGCCAAAGCUACUGGAGUGGGUGCGAUAUAUGGGAUGACACAGAUGAUUCCAGAUAGAUCCAUGGUUUCUGAAAUUUUAAAAGCGUACCUGGACUGCUUGUAUCUCACAGAAUUGCCACCCAGUGUCAAACAUAUAAAUGGUUUACCUGGACACCAAUAGACAUUACUGUUUUCCUUUAGGCGGUACUAUUCCAAAUGGUUCCACAGGGUAGCAGAAUCUCACAGAGACUGCUUUUUAUUACUUUUUCCUUUUUGUUGACUUUUAAGGGAUGUGUCUUUUUGAUGUUUUAUAUGCCCAAUGAUUAAGGUGCUUGUUGCCUAGAAAUAUUGUUCCCUUUCCUACAGAAUUGACAACAGGAGUAAUGUAUGUGCCUCGUAACAUCCGAGGAUUCGAAUACCAUCUGUCCCUGUGAUCUGUGCUCCUGUCUGCUCAUAAAAACAUCACUAUUUCACACAAAUGUGAUGUCCAGGCUCAACAAUCCACAAAACUGCAACAUAGGGAUACAUGUGAAGAACGUGAUGCAUCACUAGUCUUUGAUUUCUUUACAGUGACCAUAUUAGAAAAGUCCCUGGAAAGCACAGGGAUGGGACAGUUUUAUGUAUUAAUGGGAUUGAUUAAGUAUAGAUCUUGGUGGCCUAUAUCUUAGGAUGUGUCAUCGGGGAUUAACCACUGUCGCCAUCCAAUAUUACUAAAAUGAAGUGGCAGCAGCAGUAGGAAGCACAGAACGGAGCCAACAGUAGGCACAGCAUGGUGCUUCCAUAAGCAUAAUUCCAUGUACAACUAUUCUCCAUAAUUGAAUGUCUAGUACAAUGGAGAUUAUAAAUACCAAUGGUUAAUGGUGUAGCUGGUGGAUGUCAAGAUUUAUAGAUAGAAAACAGUUUCUGUCAAUAGACAAUUCAAUUUCAAUUUUACUCAUCAAGAAGUUGAUUACUGGAAAUCACAAAGGACAAUAAUUGUUCUCAUGUGCAAUGUUAUGGGGAACCUGUUGCACUUCAGCACGUUUACUGUAUGUUCUGUUUUCAAAAUUGGCGAUUGUUAUACUUUUUUUUUACUGCAUUUUUUCCCCUUUUUUUAUCUAAAUUAAUCUGUAAUCUUUAUAAUGAUUUCCUUACCACUUGGAACCGAACCUGAGUUCGGGAAAUAGUUUUUUAAAGUAUAAAUCAAUUUCUGAAGUUAUUAUGCAAAGUUUCGCGAGACUUCGCAAAGUAAUA